UGUUGAGAGGAAACAAAGGGAACCUAAUUAACCCGCUAUUUUGGCGGGCAUUCCGCUUCCCAUUUCCUUUCCCGUGGCCGACUCUUUCUCUUGGUGUUGCAUCGUUCACCACUCCCCUCUUCCCCUUUUUUAUCUCUCAUUUGUUUUUGCUUUGAAUAUAUAAUCUCUAAAUUUUACACCAUUAAACCAACUAGAAAGGAAGGAAGAAAAAACUCUUAAUUCCAGCGUUAGCUAAAAGCUGGAAUUCUCUAUUAUAUGUAUAUAUUUACAAAAGAAAUAAAUCAGCAUCAUUCUGCCGUUGCUUAAUGCAGAAACAAUCAAUAACGACUUUUAAAGCUCUCUUCUUUGCUUCAGAUCUUUCCAUUUUUGUUUUCAGGUUUGUAUUUUUGAAGAUUUGAUUGGAAAAGGAGGGAAAUAGUUGCCAUGGCUUUAGGAAGAUACAAUAGGGUAGAUAAUAAUAACAAUAAGUCUUCGAGUUAUUGUUCCACCGUCACCAUUGUGAUUUUCAUGGGAUUAUGUUUAGUUGGGAUUUGGAUGAUAACUUCGUCCUGGGUUGUCCCGGUCCAAAACGGGGAUGACCCGGCUGAAGAAAAGAAAAAUCAGCUCAAGGAUCAGGUUGAGACGGUAAUCGUGGAUAGCAAUGACAGAGACAAUAAGCCGCAGUUUGAAGAUAAGCGUAAUGAUCUACAUAAAGAUGGCCUGGAAAAGGAUUUAGACGUGAGUCUGGAUAAAUAUAAAGGUAAAGCCAACUUAGCUGCAGAAGAAAAUCAGGAGAAAACUGAAGAGACUAAGUGGGACAAGUCUAAGAAGGAUAAUCAGCAAUUCAAUUCUGUAGGUGGAGAGAAAAACGUUUACAACAGUGAGAAUCUGGGUGGACAAGGGUCUGAAAAUGCUGAAAAGAAAUCUGAUUCUAAUAAGGAUGACAAGAAAUCUGGUUCUGAGAAUGCUGAAAAGAAAGGAGAUGAAAGCACUUCCAGGACUUAUGGGGAUAAGGUUGAUAAAAAUGAUGACAAGGUGUCGGAUAAACGCUCAGCUGAUCAGGUGAAAAAGAAGAGUUCAAAUGAAGAUUCCCCAAAAGGAGAUAAGGUGUUUGAUAAAAGCUUUGAUGAUCAGGUGAAAAAGAGCUCAAAUGAAGUUUUCCCUAAAGGGGAUAAGGUUGACAAAAAUAAUGACAAUGGGUUCGAUAAAAGCUCUGAUAGUCAAGUGAAAAAGAGUUCAAAUGAAGAUGCCCCAAAAGGAGAUAAGGUGUUUGAUAAUAGCUUUGAUGAUCAGGUGAAAAAGAGCUCAAAUGAAGUUUUCCCUAAAGUGGAUAAGGUUGACAAAAAUAAUGACAAUGUGUUCGAUAAAAGCUCUGAUAGUCAAGUGAAAAAGAGUUCAAAUGAAGAUGCCCCAAAAGGCGAUAAGGUGUUUGAUAAAAGCUCUGAUGAUCAGGUGAAAAAGAGCUCAAAAGAAGUUUUCCCUAAAGGGGAUAAGGUUGACAAAAGUAAUGACAAUGUGUUCGAUAAAAGCUCUGGUAGUCAAGUGAAAAAGAGCUCAAAUGAAGUUUUCCCAUCUGUUGCUCAAUCUGAGCUUUUGAAUGAAACCAUGAUUCACAAUGGAUCAUUCACUACUCAAGCGGCAGAAUCAAAUAAAGAAAAAAAUGCUCAGUCAUCAUCAAACUCAUCAUCAAAGGAUUACAUUUGGAAGCUUUGCAAUUCCACUGCCGGGCCUGAUUUUAUCCCAUGCCUUGACAAUUGUGAAGCCAUCAGGAAUCUUCCUACUAACAUACAUUAUGAGCAUCGAGAAAGGCACUGUCCAGAAGUGCCACCAACCUGCCUUGUUCCUCUUCCUGAAGGAUACAAAUUCCCAAUAGAGUGGCCGAAAAGUAGGGACAAGAUUUGGUACAAAAAUGUUCCCCACUCCAAGCUAGUAGAAUUUAAGGGGGGUCAGAAUUGGUUGAAAAUUACUGGGGAUUACUUAACAUUUCCUGGUGGUGGAACCCAGUUUAGGAGAGGUGCACUUCAUUAUAUCGACUUUAUACAAAAGGCUGUGCCUGAUAUAGCAUGGGGAAAACGCUCUCGUGUAAUAUUGGACGUCGGAUGUGGGGUUGCCAGCUUUGGAGGUUAUCUUUUUGAAAGAAAUGUGCUGGCCAUGUCCCUAGCACCAAAAGAUGAACAUGAAGCUCAAGUACAAUUUGCACUUGAAAGGGGGAUUCCUGCUGUGUCUGCUGUGAUGGGUACUAAAAGACUUCCCUACCCUGGCACUGUAUUUGAUAUUAUUCAUUGUGCACGAUGUAGAGUGCCAUGGCACAUAGAAGGUGGUAAACUCCUCUUGGAGCUCAAUCGUUUGCUGCGACCCGGUGGUUUCUUUUUGUGGUCUGCUACUCCUGUUUAUCAGUUAAAAGCUCAGGAUGUUGAAAUCUGGAAGGCUAUGAUUGAACAAACAAAAGCUAUGUGCUGGGAGCUUGUAAACAAAACUUCUAAAGAACCAAUAAAUAAGGUGGCCAUAGCAACAUUUAGAAAGCCUACAUCUAAUGAGUGCUAUAAGCAAAGGUCACAACAAGAACCUCCACUAUGUCUCGAGUCCGAUGAUCCAAACGCGGCUUGGAAUGUGCCACUUCAAACAUGCAUGCACAAAGUGCCUCUAGAUCCAUCAGAACGUGGGUCUAAGUGGCCUGAGGAAUGGCCAGCAAGGUUGGAAAAAUCACCUUAUUGGUUGUUGAGUUCCCAAGUCGGAGUUUAUGGCAAAGCAGCACCAGAAGAUCUUGCUGCAGACAAUGAGCAUUGGAAACAGGUGGUAACCAAGUCAUACAUGCAAGGAAUGGGAAUAAAUUGGUCAUCAGUCAGAAAUGUCAUGGACAUGAAAGCUGUUUAUGGAGGAUUUGCUGCGGCACUCAAAGAUAUGAAUUUAUGGGUCAUGAAUGUGAUCCCAGUUGACUUUCCAGAUACACUUCCCAUAAUAUAUGAAAGAGGUCUGUUUGGCAUGUAUCAUGAUUGGUGUGAAUCAUUUAGCACCUAUCCAAGAUCUUACGAUCUUCUCCAUGCCGACCAUAUAUUCUCCAGGGUUAAAAAGAGGUGCAAUUUCGUGGCUGUGGUUGCCGAGGUGGAUCGUAUUUUAAGACCGGGAGGAAAGCUUAUUGCUCGGGAUGAUGUCGAAACCAUUACCGAGCUGGAGAAUAUGGUACGGUCCAUGCAUUGGGAAGUCCGGUUGAGUUACUCUAAGGACAAGGAAGGCUUGCUGUGUGUCCAGAAAUCCAUGUGGCGACCUACAGAGGUGGAGACGCUCACAUAUGCCAUUGCUUAGGCAUGCUAUCUCCUAUCAUCACAUUCUCGUUUUUGCCACAUUUUGCAAUUUUUGGUGAUUAGUUCUCUAUGUUAUAGCCUUUGUAGGCUUGUAUCAUGUUAAGUAGGCCUUUAGUUUAUUAUUAUUAUUAUUAUUAUUAUUAUUAUUAUUUUAUUCCUUUAAACUCUAAGCUUGGCGUUUCCAAGUUUUCCUGUAAUAUCAUACUGUGAGUUCUUCAAUGGAAAAUAAUGUUCAGGCAUUCAUGGCUGGAACAUUUAUAGAAACUAAA